ACCAAAUUGCUUUAAACAUGCUGUUCAAUGUUAUGUUCCUGUGGACAAUGUUACUGAAAGCAGACUAUUGGGUUUGGUGGAGUGCACCAAGGAACAUGCGUUGUUUGUUUUCACUCAUAGAAGAAUGGCAAUAACUGGGGAAGAUGUCACACUAGAUGGCAUUAUUCCCAUAUCCAGUGACUUUGCUGUUGUGGAAGUGACCUCUGCAGAUGAACUUGCUGUUGUUGGUGCAGACACCAGAGUGAGGCUGAACCUCCAUGAUUGGGAACUGGAGGUGAGGCUCCCAUUUGGGUCCCACACUCGUCUCUUCCUGAGUGAGGUCAAUAGAGCCUGGAGUGAUGUAUGCAAGUCUCCUGGCGAAGAACCGAAGUUUGAGUGGCUCCAAAAGUACCGUAAAGCCAACAAAGAUCAAAGUGUAGUCAAACAAACCCUUGCACCCCUGGGAAGUACCAGUGCUAAGAUCAGCCAACAUAAGAAAACAGGGAAGUCGUUGAAGGCUGACCUCAGAUCGCCGGUUGCUGAGGACCAGAGUGUGAAUAGUGGACUGGAACAGCCCAUCGUGGACAUCAGCCCAGAUAGGCAGAGUAAAGCGAAGCCCGAGGGGUGGGAGGAGCUGAAGCGGGAGGGCAGGGAUGACCUGGUGCGCAACUCCAGCCACAUGGCGUCCAACAAAGCCACGAUGCUGGCCAUGCCGCAGUUUGGUCUCCGUGACAACCUUAUCCGCUGUGAGCUGCUCAAGAAUGAGGAUAUCUACACCUACCUGGAGAAUUUCAGUUUCUUUCUAGGUAGCUACAAUGUGAAUGGCCAAACCCCUAAAGAAAGCCUCCGUCUAUGGCUGAGCUCCACCUCCACCCCACCUGAUAUGUACUUUGUGGGGUUCCAGGAGCUGGACCUGAGCAAGGAGGCUUUCUUCUUUACCGACACGCCCAAAGAGACAGAGUGGCUGAGGGCUGUGUCUGAGAGCCUACACCCAGACGCCAAAUACGCCUUAGUCAAACUGGUGCGUCUGGUGGGCAUCAUGCUGCUGUUCUACGUGAAGAAGGAGCAUGCUGAGCACAUCUCUGAGUUGGAGGCUGAGAACGUUGGCACCGGCAUCAUGGGAAGAAUGGGAAACAAAGGCGCCGUGGCCAUCCGCUUCCGUUUCCACAACUCUGACAUCUGCGUGGUGAACUCCCACCUGGCCGCCCAUACUGAGGAGUAUGAGAGACGUAACCAAGACUACAAAGACAUCUGUAGCCGGCUGCUUUUCCGCCAGAAUGACCCCACUCUGGCCCCGCUCUCCAUCUUGAGGCACAAUCUGGUGUUAUGGCUGGGAGAUCUCAACUACAGGCUAAGUGACCUUGAUGUUGACCGUGUGAAGGAAUUACUUGUCAAGAAGGAUUUUGAAACGCUGCAAAGCUAUGACCAGCUGAAGAGGCAGAUCGAUGAGGAGGCUGUCUUCGUGGGUUUCGAGGAGGGAGACAUCGACUUUUUGCCCACUUACAAAUACGACACAGGCUCGGACCAAUGGGACACAAGUGAAAAGUGUCGUGUGCCAGCGUGGUGCGACCGGAUCCUGUGGCGAGGGAAGAAUGUGCGACAGCUGCACUACCAGAGUCACAUGGGCCUCAGGACCAGUGACCACAAGCCAGUCAGCUCCCUUCUGGAGAUAGGAAUCAAAAUGGUCAAUGAAGAUUCCUACAAGAAGAUGUUUGAGGAGAUUGUGCGCUCACUGGACAAGAUGGAGAAUGAAUGCAUUCCGUCCGUAACCCUGUCCAGACGAGAGUUUAAUUUCAAAGACGUGAAGUUCAUGCAGCACCAGGCAGAGACAUUGACCCUCUACAAUGACGGCCAGGUCCCAUGUCAGUUCGAGUUCAUUCAGAAGUUGGAUGAGCCCACCUAUUGCAAACCCUGGCUCACUGCCAACCCACCCAAGGGCUUCAUAGCACAGGGCGCCAGUGCAGACAUCGACUUGGAAGUGUUUGUUAACCGCUCCACCGCUGCCGACCUCAACACUGGCCAUCAGCAGAUUGAGGACAUCCUGGUGCUCCACCUGGAACGUGGCAAGGACUUCUUCCUCUCUGUGUCAGGCAACUACCUCCCCAGCUGCUUCGGUUCAUCCAUUCAGACCAUGUGCCAGCUGAGGGAUCCGAUCCAGGACAUGUCCCUGGAGAGCAUCCAGGCCCUGACAUCAUCAGGCGAUGAGAACAGCACUUUAAUCAUCGAUAAGCCUCUGGACAUCCCUAAAGAGUUGUGGCAGAUGGUGGACCACCUGUACCGCAAUGCUACCAAACAGGCGGAGUUAUUUCAACAACCUGGGCUCCGCAGUGAAUUUCAGGAGAUAAGGGACUGCCUUGACACUGGCAUGCCAGACUCGCUUCCUGGCAGUAACCACUCUGUGGCAGAAGCACUUCUCCUCUUCCUCGAUGCCCUCCCAGAGCCAGUGGUCCCCUUUUCCCUCUACCAGCAAUGCCUGGAGUGCUGCUCCAAUCCCAGUCAGUGUAAAAAGGUUGUAUCCUGUCUACCUCAGUGCCAUAAAAACGUUUUUAACUACCUAGCAGCUUUUCUCCGGGAGUUGCUGAAGCAUUCUGCAUACAAUAGCCUGGAUGUCAACAUUUUAGCCACCAUUUUUGCUGCCUUGCUACUGAGGUCUCCUGGGAAGCAGGACCUUGCAGAGAAGAGGAAGACCCAAGAGUUCUUUCAGCAUUUCCUUAUCCUGGAUCUCUCCUGAAUAUGAGUGUUCUGCACACCAUUAGAAUUUAUUUUUAACAAUGUACAGCUCAGUAUUUGUAAUACAUGUAAUAAGUUCUUAUUCAUAUAGAUGGCUCUUUGUAUAGGCAUGCACAAAAUCAAGUCAAAUUCAAAACUGUCUUUUGGAUUUGAAACCAACUGUUUGACAAGCAGUGUUUAACCCUUAAGCUGUUAAUGCACAGCUUUUAUUUUAUCAAUGAGCAGCUCUAGUGAACUGACCUUUUUUAUGUAUAUUUACAAUUUUAUUUAAAGAAUUUGUAUUGUGCUGUUUUAUGAAGGCAAAACAGCUUAUUGUUCUUUUAUAUAUAAAAGCAUUUGAAAC